UUAGGGAAGAAAGUAUUUUCAGAAAUCAAUCAGUGCAACUUGUUGCACAUCUUAGGUUAAUAGAUAAUCAUCAAUAUGCACAAAACUGAAGCUAAAUGAUACAACAUAGGUUGAUGAUGGUACAGGCUGUUUGGGUCAGGUUUGAGUGGAGCAACCCAUUUGUUUUGGUUAAGCAGGUUCACAGGCAUCACCAUUUGAGGAUUGAUAAGGAACAUGAAGAGACAAACAAAGAACACCUAAAAAUGAAUUCUGUAACAAAGACUUAGACAUGUAUCCAGUUACUGAAAGUGAGAGCUAUUGUUAAUCCCACCUUGUUUUUAACAGCAUUUAUCCUGACAAAUCUGAUAUAGUAUCAGCACUUUCUGGCUGCAGCUCUGACUGAAGCAAAUAUAAUCACAAUUAUAUCGGCGUUGGCUUUUUAAAGUGUCAAAUGAAGGUGCAGCAGUCAUUAAUAUCAUAGACUGUAGGUCUAACCUGGAUGUCAUCUCCUUGUCAACAACUGCUGCGCAUCUGUUUUAUUCUAGCCAAGGCAAUUUGGUAGGCCAUCAGGUCUAAGUAAGUCGUUUUAAAACAUAAAACAGUCCUGAAUGUGUUCCAGUUUCUGGUUUUUAAACUUUUUUCAUUUAAAAUGCAAUGUAAAUAUCCUAAUAACGUGAUAUAAACUGGCUAGAAUCCCUGUUGAAAUGGCCCACAAAUAGGUAUUUGAAAUUGUUCAUUCCUGAGGUCUUGAUUCAGUGUCCUGUUUCAUGGCCUUUGGGUGGCAGCAAAGCUCCAGCACGUAGAGGGACUGGGGCCAUUGUGUGCCUCAGCAGCCAGUGUUGCCAUGUCCGUUUAUUAUGCUUUUCCGUAUUGUUACUUGUCAUCCUCACAGCCCAUCAUUUUACUAGUUACAAAUUAAUGUUUGAAUAGGGUAAUUGUCAGCCCAUGUACCAAAAUGCAUCAUGAAGUCGAUCUGCUUUUCUGGUAAAUUAAAACACAUGAUUUCUACACAUAUCUCACACACACUAUAUUAAUGUAAUUCAUUUAACUAUGAAAGAAGUAUGCUUGAUUAGUAAAUGUAUUUAUUUAAGCUUUCAAACCCGUCUUGUUCCAAAGAUAGAAGGGUGAGUCUAUGAGUGAGUGUCUUCUAAUUUUAGAUUGCUUGUUUCUCUCGCGAUAUCUGGCAACCCAGUGAGCAGCCAGUCUUCUGUCAGCCCGUCAGGAGACAGACUGGAGAUCCUCUGUCACCCGCGGAAAUGUUCAAAACAGAUAAACUAAAAGCUCUGGUGAAUGAGCGACUGAAAGCCGCCGCUGAGGAAAUAUUCAUCAUCUUUGAGAGAACUAUUAAAGACUAUGAGGAGAUCGUUUUUCAGCAGGUGGACCAACAACGAAGCAGGCUGGCGGGGUGCAAAGCCCCAGUGCAGCUCUCUGUCCAGGAAGAGGCCCCUCCCUCUGAGCAGUGUCACUUUGAGAAGAAGCCUGACCUGCGUGAGGAUGACCAGGAGCCCCCGCAGAUUAAAGAGGAGGAGCAGGAGGAGGAACCGUGGACUGCUCAGGCAGGUGAAAAUCAGCAGGAGGAAGCUGAUACAAAAGACUCUAUGUUCAAUAUAAUUUAUGUGCAAAGGAAGGAUGACGACGGAAGACGGUUCCCACAUCAAAACCUAGAGGUUGAAAAUAAAGGAGACCAUGUGCGCAGCAGCUCAUGUGAACAGUUGAAAUCAGAACCUGAUAAAGAAGGCUGUGAUGCAUCAGAGCCAACCAGUGACUGUCAGAUGAGUGAAGUUAGUGACGAUGAAGGGAGAGACUGUGGAGGAUUUCACUCGGGUGUAAACAGGAAGAAACCCCAGCAAGCUGAUGAAUCGGCAGACAGACCGUACACCUGCAGCGUCUGCAACAAGAAUUUCAGGAUUAAAUCCAUUCUAACUCGCCACAUGAAGACACACACAGGAGAGAAGCCUUACAGGUGCAGUGUUUGUGGUAAAAGCUUCAUCCAGCGCUCCUAUCUACAGACUCACAUGAAUUCUCACUCCGGACAGAAACCGCACACGUGUAGUUUCUGUGGCAGAGGCUUCACACAAGUUGGAAACAUGAACGCCCACAUACGAAUCCACACAGGAGAGAAACCUCACAGCUGCACUGACUGUGGUAAAAGUUUUAGAGAGAAGGCGGACCUCAUCAAGCACACAAUAAUUCACACCGGUGAGAAACCUUACAUUUGCACUGUGUGCAAAAUGAAAUUCAGCGCUCAGUCUAAUUUAACGCGCCACAUGAAGACUCAUUCCGGGGAGAGGCCAUAUAGUUGCCCCGCUUGUGGGAAAAAAUUCAUUCGACGCUCCCAUUUACUUAUUCAUAUGAAGACUCAUGCAGGAGAGAAUCUGUAGACUGGAGACAUGAUUAGUUCCCGUGGUAUUUACUUGAUAAUAUCCCAGGUAGAGUGGACGAGGACUCGCAUUGGAAGAGGAAAUUGUAUAAAAUAAAACGUUUUUGUGUAAACCCAUUUUAUCUAUGUUAGUAUAUACUUUUGUACUGUAAAAUAGAAAUGUUGUAAAUGUUUCUCCAAGUGACAAAACAUUUGUGUUAAGUGCGAACCUCAAAUUUAUUUUCUUUUGAACUUGUAAAACAAGGUUCUCUGAAGAAAUAAAGCAAAACAAACAAUGUGUUAGUUUUAAUACUCUGCCAACCCUGACUCAGCCCUGAGCCAAUGAAAUCUUAGUGAAGAUGUUAAGGCCAGUUACACAUACUAUGAAGUUUCAAUAAUUUCCUAAAACACCAGCCAUUGUAGAUUUUAGAAAAUACUAUUCAGACAGCAAUGCAUUUGUUGAUUAUUUCAGAUGCUGAUCUGGUGCUCCAGUAAGUAUUUCCAGCAUUACGUGGGAUUGACUCAGUGCCCAUGUUCAUGGUAAUGGAGGAACAUGUCACCCAGUACAAUAGUGUGGCUCACUGGUGUGUUUUUUAGGUUUUUGGACAACAAUGGAGGUGUACAGCACAGAUGAAUGGGACACAUCAGGCUUUGGCUACGCAGUACUUGUUAGUGGGAUCCACUGGUGGACUCAAAAG